AUGGGCCUCCCCGCCCCCAUCGAACACGCCAUCGGCCGCCUCCUCAUCAACCAGAAGGCCCGCGACAGCGGCCUCCUCUCCGCCACGCCCGCCUUCGCCUCCCAGCCCUCCCCCACCUUCACCAUCACCUCGCCCGACUGCGGGCCCUCCAACUCCCACAUGGCGGACCUCUACACGGGCUACGGCGCCGACCGCUUCCCCUCGCUCACGUGGCAGCCGCCCCCGGACGUCGCCGAAUACGUCCUCAUCGUCGAAGACCCGGACGCGCCCAUCCCGUGGCCGGUCACGCACGGCCUGUUCUACGCGAUCCCGGGGAACAAAACCGCGAUUACGCACGCGGAUCUCAGCGUGCGGGACGUGGUGGGCAAAGCGAAGCAUCUCGCGGGCGGGUUUCGGCUCGGCAAGAACAUCAGGGGCAGUGUGUAUGGCGGGCCGAAGCCGCCGUUGGGGCAUGGCGUGCAUCGGUACCAUUAUACGCUCGUGGCGCUGGGGGAGCCGCUGGAUGCGGGGGCGAUGAGCGCGGUCGCGACGAAGAAGGAGAUUGCGGGCGCGAUGGAGGGGAAGGUGGUGGGGUGGGGGGUGUGGGUUGGGUUGUAUGAGCGAAAGAGAGGGGAGUGA